UACUCUCCCCUUGUGGAGAAUGUUUAAUUUCUGUUCGGUUUUCGUUAGUUUUUUUGCAGAACGUGAGAUUAAAGUUCGUUGCCAUUUUAUCAUUUUUUUGUUUGGUGUGUGAUUCAAUUUAUGGCUGAAUCUAUUUUACUUCAAUUAAAAAGGGAAGAUUGUGUAUAUACGAAGUGUUACUGUGAAGAAAAUAUCUGGAAACUAUGUGAUUCUAUAAGAAAAUCCAAUUUAGAAGUUUUACCGCAUUUAUCAGUUGUGUUUAUUUCUAACAAAACUAGAAGUAUACCAAUUUGGAAGCAGAGAUCUGCAAAGUCAGAAGAACUGCCCGUUAUAUGGGAUUAUCAUGUAAUAUUGCUUUAUCUUGACCAAAACUGCAGCAAACAUAUGAUCUUUGAUUUAGACAGCAGUCUUGCAUUUCCAACAGAAGCCUUGGAAUAUUGCAGUAAAGCAUUCUGCCCACAAAUCCUGCUUAAAAUUCAAUAUCAACAAUUCUUCAAGGUGAUACCUGCAGAUGAAUACUUGAAAAACUUUGCUUCAGAUCGUUCCCAUAUGAUGCUGGAAGACAAUAAAUGGAGUUCCGAUCCUCCAGAUUAUCCUCCAAUCUCAACAGAAUCUUCUAGCAUGAAUCUUGAUGACUUUAUCUCUAUGGAUUUUGAGACAAAUAAAUUUGGAGCUAUUUAUUCACUCAGUGAAUUUAUGAAAAUAGUUUAACUUAACAAAUCUGUCGUGUUAAUAAAAUAAUUACUAGAAGUAAUAAAAUACUGCUUAUAAGUAAAAAAGUAUCAUUUAAUGUAAAGUUGGUUUUCUUUUUAUUUGUAUUAGAUUUUGACUGUUUUUUUUUAUUAAAUGUAUGAUUUGUAG